GAGCAGGCAGGCCCCGCCCCCGGAGCCCGCCCCUCUCUUCGGCCGGCGCGCCGCGCGGCUUCUCAAGGGAACCUGUCUCGCAGCCCGGGAGCAGUGCUUCUUCCUGUGAGGGCCUCGCUGUGCGGCGACUUCUCCUUCCGCUCCUACGACUCCCGGGACGGCGAGAGGCAAGCGGAAGGUGCGCGGACGCCGAGGUGACCGGCGAGAGCUGGACAGUCGAGGCCACCGGCGUAGCCAUGUCGCUGUGGGGGCAGCCGCUGCAGGCCUCACCUCCCCUGGCGGUGCAGCAGCCCCCGACCGCGUCCUCCGGACCUUCGACCUCCCCUCCAACCGGCGCAACCCUCAACCGCCUGCCGGAGCCGCUGCUGCGGAGGCUCAGCGAGAACUUGGACCGCGCUCCGGAGGGCCGGGGCUGGCGGCAGCUGGCCGAGCUGGCGGGCAGUCGGGGACGCCUCCGGCUCAGUUGCCUGGACCUGGAACAGUGUUCUCUUAAAGUACUGGAGCCAGAGGGAAGCCCAAGUUUGUGUUUACUGAAACUAAUGGGUGAAAAAGGAUGUACAGUCACAGAACUGAGCGACUUCCUACAGGCUUUGGAACACACUGAGGUUCUUCAGCUUCUCAACCCCCCAGGAUUAAAGAUCACCGUAAACCCAGAAUCCAAGGCAGUUUUGGCGGGACAGUUUGUAAAACUGUGCUGCAGGGCAACUGGACAUCCUUUUGUACAGUAUCAAUGGUUCAAAAUGAAUAAAGAGAUCCCAUAUGGAAAUUCAUCAGAACUUAUUUUUAACACCGUGCAUGUAAAAGAUGCAGGCUUUUAUGUCUGCCGUGUUAACAACAGUUCCACCUUUGAAUUUAGCCAAUGGUCACAGCUGGAUGUGUGUGAUGUGGCAGAAGUUUCAGACAGCUUCCAGGGAAGUGUGGAUGGCAUCUCAGAAUCCAAGUUGCAAAUCUGUGUUGAACCAAAGUCCCAAAGGCUGAUGCCAGGCAGCACGUUGUUGUUACAGUGUGUUGCUAUUGGAAGUCCUUUGCCACACUACCAGUGGUUCAAAGAUGAGUCACCAUUAACACAUGAGACAAAAAAGCAUUACACGGUUCCAUAUGUGGAUCUAGAACAUGAAGGAACCUACUGGUGUCAUGUAUAUAACGAUCGAGACAGUCAAGAUAGUAAGAAGGUAGAAAUCAUCAUAGGAAGAACAGAUGAGGCAGUGGAGUGCACUGAAGAUGAAUUAAAUAAUUUGGGGCAUCCUGAUAAUAAAGAACAAACUGGCCAGCCUUUAGCAAAGGACAAAGUUGCUCUGUUGAUAGGAAACAUGAACUACUGGGAGCAUCCCAAGCUUAAGGCUCCUUUGGUGGAUGUAUAUGAACUGACCAACUUACUAAGACAGCUGGAUUUCAAAGUGGUUUCAUUGUUGGAUCUUACUGAGUAUGAGAUGUGUAAUGCUGUGGAUGAAUUUUUACUCCUUUUAGACAAAGGAGUAUAUGGGUUGUUAUAUUAUGCAGGGCACGGUUACGAAAACUUUGGGAACAGUUUUAUGGUCCCUGUUGAUGCUCCAAAUCCAUAUAGGUCUGAAAAUUGCCUAUGCGUUCAAAACAUACUGAAAUUAAUGCAAGAAAAGGAGACUGGACUGAAUGUGUUCCUGUUGGAUAUGUGUCGGAAAAGAAAUGACUACGAUGACACUAUUCCAAUCUUGGAUGCACUGAAAGUCACUGCCAAUAUUGUGUUUGGAUAUGCCACGUGCCAAGGAGCAGAAGCCUUUGAAAUCCAGCAUUCUGGGUUGGCAAAUGGGAUUUUUAUGAAGUUUUUAAAAGAUAGAUUAUUAGAAGACAAGAAAAUUACUGUGUUACUGGAUGAAGUUGCAGAAGAUAUGGGUAAAUGUCACCUCACCAAAGGCAGACAGGCUCUAGAGAUCCGCAGCAGCUUGUCUGAGAAGAGAGCGCUGACCGACCCGGUCCAGGGAGCAGCCUGCUCUGCAGAGGCCCUGGUGCGGAACCUGCAGUGGGCCAAGGCCCAUGAGCUUCCAGAAAGUAUGUGCCUUAAAUUUCAGUGUGGCGUUCAUAUUCAAUUAGGAUUUGCUGCAGAGUUCUCCAAUGUCAUGAUAAUCUACACAAGUAUAGUCCACAAACCACCUGAGAUAAUAAUGUGUGAUGCCUAUGUUACUGAUUUCCCACUUGACCUAGAUAUUGAUCCAAAACAUGCAAAUAAGGGGACUCCUGAAGAAACUGGCAGCUACUUAGUAUCAAAAGAGCUUCCCAAGCACUGCCUGUAUACUAGACUCAGCUCACUACAAAAAUUAAAGGAACAUCUGAUCUUCACAGUCUGUUUGUCGUAUCAGUAUUCAGGACUAGAAGACACUGUGGAGGAGAAGCAAGAGGUGAAUGUGGGGAAGCCUCUUAUUGCCAAGUUAGACAUGCACCGAGGAUUGGGCAGGAAGACUUGCUUCCAAGCUUGUCGUAUGCCUGACGAGCCUUACCACAGCUCCACAGCUACCUCAGUGGGAGCAGGGCAUUUCCAUUCCCCUCAGGACUCGUUCCAUGAUGUGUACCAUUCACAUCUUGGUAAUUCAGACAGUGGUAUGCCACCAGACAGGUGUCAUUGCAGCCGGACUCCACAUUCGUUUAUUUCAAAUUAUCCCCCCGACCACUACUGCCAGUUUGGUAGAAGUAAUGUGCCCGUAGAAACAACUGAUGAAAUGCCAUUCAGUUUUUCUGACAGGCUUAUGAUUUCUGAAAACUGACCUGCGUGUUUUUGAAAAUUAGAAUAGUUAGAGUAACCUCACAUAAAUUAACACUCAUUUAUAGUGAGAUAUGGUGAAAAGGCAAACAUGUAUGUAUGGAGAGAAAGCUAGCAACAGCUGUUUUUAUAGCAGGCUCAAGAAUAUGAGAUAUUAGAAUUACAUUAUUAUGCUGGGCAGUGGUGGUGCACACCUUUAAUCCCAGCACUUGGGAGGCAGAGGCAGGUGGAUUUCUGAGUUUGAGGCCAGCCUGGGCUACAGAGUGAGUUCCAGGACAACCAGGGCUACACAGAGAAACCCUGUCUCG